AUGUGUUUGCAAAACACCGCUACGCUAGAUGCACAUGGUUUCAUAUGUGAAGAUACACCGACUGAUGAAUGCAAUGAAUUAAAAGAUCACGUUAUAAAUAAGCAGCAAGUGACCCAAUGUACAACUGCCGUAAAGAAAGUGAAAGCUGUAGAAAGACGUUUUGUACGUGAAAUAUGCACCAAGCAGUUUUCCCGCAGAUCUCACUUAAAAGUUCACAUGAUGACGCACACUGGGGAAAAACCUUUUGCAUGUGAAAUAUGUUCCAAACGGUUUUCAAGCAAUACUCAUUUGAAAAUCUAUAUGCCAACGCAUUCUCAAGAAAAACAAUUUGAAUGUGAAAUAUGCCCCAAACAGUAUUCAACUAGUUCUUAUUUGAGAGUUCAUAUGAAGAUGCACACUGGGGAAAACCAAUUUGAAUGUGAAAUAUGCACCAAACAGUUUUUAAGAAGUUCUGCUUUAAAAUUACAUAUGAGAGUGCAUACUGGGGAAAAACCUUUUGCAUGUGAAAUAUGUUUCAAACAGUUUUCAAACAGUUCUUAUUUAAAGGAACAUAUGAACAUUCAUUCUCAAGGAAAACCAUUUGGAUGUGAAAUAUGCUCUAAACUGUUUUCAUGGACUUUUUCUUUAAAACGGCAUAUGAAAAUUCACACUGGAUAA